AUGUCUCUUACUCCAUCCACACGAAUUCUUAACUGUUCAUCAUGUGUACGGAAAGCAAAAUGGAAUACACAAUAUAUAUGCUCCUUCUCAACGACACCCCAAAUGGAUCGCCAAGUCAGAAUGCGUAGGAUGAUGUUUCAGUGGUUAAAUAGAGUAGGGAAAAACUUCUACUAUCCAUUAAAGGACAGUACUAAUUAUUUGGGCGCUUACAAUGUUAACGGUACUUUAAGGCGAGUAGUGGAUAGAUCUGCCAUUCAGGCGCAGGAGCUGGAACGGAUCCAAACAACUAUCAAGGAAAAUCCCGAGAGAGUCGAAGAGCUCCAGGAUGAGCUUGAAAAGCUUACCAAAAGUCACGCUGAACAGAGUAAGGUCUUGCCAAGUGCCACUCGUCGUGAUUUAACUCCAUUCCCUGCGAAUAAGGAUUUUAUGAGUGAAACUGUUCUUGGACCUUGGCUUCAGCACAAAGUAUGGGAAGACGUGAUGGUUAGAGGUAUGACGGUGCGGGAAGUCAGUGCGCAAAGAGGUAUUGAGAUGAGCAGAGUGGCUGCUUCUGUCCGGCUCGUACAGGUCGAAAAGUUAUGGAAACAGCAAGGAAAAUCCACUGCUGAUCAGUACUCUACAGCUGUACUAGAAAUGCUCCCAUGUACUGGAAAACUUGCUCUGUUAAAUUGGACAGAUCAAGAUGAAAAGGCAUUGAUAGAGGCUAGGCUAGAAGCAAAACUAGCUGCAGAACGAGAAAUUAAAGAAAGGAAAGCAGAAAAUAAUCGGCGACGAGAAGAAAGCUUGCCAUUACUUCCUCUAGCUAGUCCUUCUAUUCCUGAUGAGAUGGAUCUGAAGAAUCAAGUUGUCGAGGACCGAAGAAGAAAUCCACACGAGUCUAUUAAUGACCUUGCUGUUCUGAAAGUCACAGGCCCCCAGCUAUGGCAUCCUGUUUCAGAAUCAAGACACUUCACCCGGGCAGACGCAGCCAAAGUUUUCGAUGAUAAACUACAACCAGCGGAUAAGCGAGUACCUCACCCAGAACUUACAGUUAUGCACCGAGAAUGGUUAAAUGGUAAAUCUAUUGAAGAGCGCACCCUUCUACAGAUCCGAAGAUUAAAAGACGAACAACAAAAAAGUGAGCAAAAAGCUUUGAGAAGAACCCUGCAACAGGAAUCAAUCAAAAAAAUUAAGAAUCAAAGAGGAGUUGUCUUUAGAUUUCAGGAGACAAAAGUUGAUGAAAUUGGGAAAAAUGGAAGAGGAGUCAAGGGCGUCGGAUGCCGGUAUGGCGUCCCAAAUAUGGACAGAUCAAAAGGCCAAGUCAAAAUACCGCAGCAUGCCUUAUUUGCCCCACGCCAUAUGCCUUCGCCCAGAUUCAGCAACACCAGAGGUCCCUAA